AAAAAAGAAGAUGAUCGGCUGCAAGAGUGGAAAUCGUUGUAUAAUCAAGUGGUCGAUGCUCUUCAUGAUCUGGAAAUUAGUCAGCGAAUCGAUCCAGUGGGCCGACUUCCAAGUGAAAUCCUUACAAAAAUUCUGUUGGAACUUCGUAAUGGGCGGCAUAUCACCAAGAGAUUUGACGAUUUAUUCAUGCUCACAAUGGUGUCUACAAAGUGGCGAAACUAUAUCUUAUCAGAACCACACCUAUGGAAUUCUAUAAUACUUUUCAAUCAAAGUGAUAUGCAUGCCAAGACCUCUCUACAGUUGAUAUUAUCUCGUGAUCUACCUCUCACCGUCGAAGUCACCUUCCCCCUCAACGGGUGGGAGUAUAUCAAGCGGGAAUUGAUACAACACCGUGGAAGAAUAGAGGCAAUACUGUCUCAUCAGGUACAGUCUUUAUCUUCUACACCCAGAAUCGAGGGACAAACAAACAACCUUUGGGCAAUGUUGAACGAUCUAGGAUCACUUCCCAAUUUGCGAAAGCUAGCAGACGCUUCUCCGAAGCGUACGGCAUUUCAGCACCUUAAAAAGACUUUGGACAGUUUUCCAUCCCUGGAAGACAUAACUGACUUUUCUAUCAGCAGUCAUGAUCUCCGGAUGGCCAAGGAUCGAAUGAGAACGAGCACAUUGACCACAUGGGAGGAUUUAAAGACACUAUUCCCAGUAAUUAGAACAAUUAAAUCUCUCAAAAAGGUUCGAUUUCUGUCCCGUGGUGGAAACACUACUCAAAAUAGGCCUCGAGUGGCAGAACUGGAAACAGAUUUGAUCUCUCGUGCCCAAUCUUCUCUUGGUUGGACAGAGGUAGCCUGUUUUAGACGUGAAGAUAUCAUUUUAUCGCCCAUUUUGUCACUCCUCCCAUCUCUAGUCAUAUUAGAGAUUUCAAUCUAUCUCCAGGCUCUCAACAAUAUCGCCAAUCUUCUUCCUGGGUUAUCUAAACUUUUACACAUCAGAUUACAUCUUCGUCUCACACCAGAUGAUCACGUCUCAGUUGUACAGCCAUUGGCCCUUAACAUGGGUGUGCAGUCAUUGAAGAUCAGAAUUUUCAGAUUGACGGAAUCUGGACCAGGAACCUGGACUGCCCUUACCCGCUACAUUCAAUUGGCCAAUAACAUUGACAGAAUAUCGUUAAUGUUGCUCCACAUUAUGCCAAAGUUAAAGGAUUUAAGCCUGUCGAUUGAAGGCGUACAGCAACCUUUUCCAUUCUUCUCCGGCAAUGAAGUAUUUGCUAGAGAAAAUUUACAUCUAUCUUUUUACGGAUCUACGGUUAUACCGAAUCCUGAUGUUCGAAUCCCACUUUGUGUUAAGAAACUUGAGCUAAGUUGCCCAGUCGACUUAGUUGGUUUACUGUCCUCAAAGUCGGUGAAGUAUCUCUCCUAUAAAGAGGUCAAGCGCCGGAAAUUGCCACUCAAUCCAAGUGAAGAUUGCAUGUUCGAUCCAAAUAACUGGCCAGUUCUCGAGCAUAUUGAGAUAAUGGAUAGCAUG